GUAGGUAGCACCUAUCUUUCCAUAACCCAAUCCACUCCACGGCCUCUGGAGACCACCACACACGGAACCGGAAGCCCUUUCCUCCCCGGUGCUCAAUCCUCCAUAGAUGGGCUCCCUGCGAAGCAGCACGAGCACGGCAGUGGACAGCGUGGACGCGGAGGCGGCGUGCGCACUGCUGGCCUUGGAGCAGUACGGGUACGUGGACGUGCGGAUGUGGGAGGACUUCGAAAAGGGUCACGUUGCCGGUGCACGCAACGUGCCCUACUACCUCUCCGUCACGCCCCAUGGCAAGGAGCGCAACCCGGACUUCGUCGAUCAGGUUGCGGCGCUCCACUCCAAGGAGGACCGGUUCCUUGUUGGCUGCCGCUCUGGGGUCCGGUCCAGGCUCGCCACCGCAGACCUUGUCGCCGCUGGAUUCGCAAACGUGAAGAACCUCGAAGGCGGCUACCUCUCCUUGCUCAAGAGCGCAAGUUACCAAGCAGCCAGCCACCAAUGAUCCAUCAAUUGAUUCUUUGGAGUUUGGAAAGUUUGUUAGUGACCUGUUUGUGUACUAUGUAUCUGUCAUCCUUCGUCUUAUGAAGAAGAAGAAGAAGAAGAAGAAGAAGAAGCAAGUCCUUUCGCUGAGGUGCACGGCUGGGAUUGAAUGUACUUCAAAGGGAAAACAAAGCAUUAUGUAUGUAGGUACGUAUAUUGGACCUGUUUGUGUACUAUGUAUCUGUCAUCCUUCGUCUUAUGAAGAAGAAGAAGAAGAAAAAAGUCCUUUAGCUGAGGUGCACGGCUGGGAUUGAAUGUACUUCAAAGGGAAAACAAAGCAUUAUGUAUGUAGGUACGUAUAUUGGACAUGGACUUUGGACCAACCAAUUUUCAAGAAAUAAAAAUGUGUGCGUGUA